UGCGAGCGAGCUGUCAAAUCGUCUCAAUUCUUACAUAACCCCAGACGGGUAGAAGUUCUGCAUUUGAGACCUCAGAGUUUUUCGAAGAUAUGGCAGCGAAAAGGAUCAGCCAGAGUGCCAUCAACUGGGCCUCUUUGGCCGAGAGGGUGCCGGAACACCAGAAGAACAUCUUCAUCGCCUUCAAAGCCAAACAUGACAACUACCUCAGACGUGUUAUGGCUAACCCAGAAUCUGCUCCAGCCAUUGACUGGGCAUUCUACAAGGCUAAGGUACCAGUUGCCGGUAUGGUCGAUGACUUCCAGAAGCAAUACACCGCCUUGAACAUCCCAUACCCACCAGACAACGUGUCCGGACAAAUCGACACUUUGGAGAAGGAAAUCAAAUCCGAUAUCGCUAAAUUCAAGGUUGAAUCUAGCGCCCGCAUCGAAGAAUACAAGAAGCAGUUGGCUCACUUGUCUUCCUUGAUCCCAUUCGAUCAAAUGACCAUGGAAGAUUACAGGGAUGCCUACCCAGAACAGGCUCUGGACCCCAUCAACAGACCAACCUUCUGGCCUCACGGAUUCGAAGAUCAGCUCGAGAACAAGGACUGGUCCAAGGAAGAGGAGCAUCAUUAAAUUUAAUUGAAUCCACUUCAAUUCCAAUAGCGAAGUGUUUGAGCUACUAGUAUCAUGUCUAAAGUCUAUAAGAAUUCAACAAAAAAAUGGAAAAUCGUGAAAUAAAAACACUCAGAAAAUCA